AUGGCCUUCGUCGCCUCCGCCAACGACCCGUACGCGGCCCAUGACCACUCGGAGCUGUAUACAACUGGCGAUCGAUACACACAGCAACAGCAAGCGCACCCCCACACACAGCACACACAGCACCAACCACAACACAUGCAACACACACAGCACCCACAGCACCCACAUUAUCAAGCACAUUCUUACUCGACRGCACCGUCAGACCCGUCUAUGCAUGAUCCGUCCAUGCCCAGCUUCUACUCCACCUCCCUGGCGAAUGGCAUAUCCUGCGACAUCAAGCCACGUCUUACCAAGGAGCAGCAUGACAUUCUCGAGUCGCAUUACCAGAAACAGCAUAAACCCAACACCAGCACUAAGAAGAGUUUUGCGGAGACACUGAACGUAUCGCUGGAAAAGGUCAAUAACUGGUUUCAAAAUCGCCGCGCCAAAACCAAGCAGGAUGCAAAGAAGGCGCAAGGUCUGAACAUUUACCAACAAACUAGCAAUUCCACCAACUUCGGUUCCGACUACGAUAUCUCACCGGGCCACUCUUCUAGUGACUACAUGGCCAUGAUACAGCAAUUUGCGGAAAGCGAUCGUCUAUCGACCUCGUACGGAUCUGGAGUCGGUCAACCGCCUAUGACACAUGAUCAGCAGCCUGUUCACGGACUUCCGUUCGCCCCUGCAGGGCAGCAGUACAGCGAUGGAGCUAUUUCACAGCAGAUGGCUCAGGACAUGUUUGACAGUCCGCAAGAGAUGAACAGAAGGACUCUCACGCAAGAGCAGUUCGACGCCUUCGCUCUGUCUCAGUCAAACAACCACUUCGCGGACUUCCAGUCCAAUGGCCCAGGUGAUGCCGAUCUCCAGCAGGUGUUCCCCGAAAUGCACCAGGACAACUUCAAGACUCAGCAUGCUUACGCCUUUCCGCAUCCAAUGAGUGCUCCAAUUUCAAGCAACGACUCUAGUCUCCCAUCAUCGUGUUCAGAACAAUCUACAUUCCCGCCCUCCGUUAUGAUGCAGCAUCACCAAAACCUAUCUACUGAAUCUCUCGAAUGGGCCGACAGUCGCAGCUCCUCUGUUUCAAUGCCUUCCAGCCAGGAAGACGCCCUCCAACAAAUGCAGCAAAUGUCACACCAGGACCUUUCGUCGCAGUGGCAGGCCGGACCAUCCAUACCGGUCGACCCGAGCACACUCCAACAGCAAUUUAGCGAAGCAGAUUUCCAUGAGCUGAACUCGCAACAGCAACAAUUGCAAGCGGACAAUCCAUUGACUUGGCCUGUUGACGACUUCCUUCGACGAGACUCGCAGACUGGAUCAAUUCUUGCACAGCAAAUGAGCUCAUUCGCUAUUCAACCCCCACAGGCACCCCAAUCUGCGGCGUUCAAAUGCCCUCCGCCCCCGCUUGUCACCACGGGUGGCAUUGCUGCUCGGCGUCAAAGGCCACGCCCGGCUACAUUGGGCAUUGCAGCCAUGCGAAGUCAGUCCUACAGCGGUGCGGCCCAGCCUGCGUCCCCGGGUCACCAGUCGAACAAUCUCGCUCCGGUGCAGCAACUUCGACGUAUUCGCUCUAGCAUUGGAAAUGGCCGCGUCACGAAGUCUGGAACAGGCUCUGCUCAGAGAUCACCUAUGAACUUUACGUUCGCUGAUGCGAUGAACUCUCCCAGACUUGCCAGGCAAGUCUCGUCGGCUUCCCUGGGAGACCACUUGGCGCCACCCACACCUCUGUCACCCAGCGAGAUGUCCCUCGCCGAGACGGGUAGAGCGCCGCUCACGUCGUGGCAGUCUUCGUCUGGCCCAAUCAGUCGUCAAGCAAGCAUCAGUGAAACUGAUCUUGAACACAAUGUGCCUGUACUCGCGCCGACGUUCACCUCCCCUCCACACACACCGAUGUAUCACCAACUCCAGCAUUCGCAUCAUCAAUUCCAGUCACGGGUUGGCAGUAAUGUCAUUACUGAGAAUACGCCGCCUCAGUCUGCACCUGCGUCGCAGCAGACGUUCCCUCACAACGCAUUCAUGGCUCCACAGCAAUACUCCCAGAGCAUGGCACCACCACAGCAGCCACUUAAGAUGCAGGCGUACAUGACUACUCCGCCACAAAAUCCGUCUUUCAAUGAGCAUUMAAUGUCAGCCAUGUCAUUUGUGCCGCCUCAGCACUCGCCGAAUGCCACCAAUCCCAUUAUUCCCAUGCAUUUCACAACCGGCCCUCUGGUUGACGACCAAAGCAAAGUUGGGGGAAUGGCAUUCCCACCACAGAUGCAACAACAGCAACCCUUACAAUUCGUGAACCACGGACCGCCCGCAAACCUAUACCAGGCUCCUUCGCGAAACACCAUUUCUCCUCCUGAAGGCGGCCAUUACAGCUUYGUAACAUCCGACGGAACAUCAGGAGGCAUGCGCGGCGUCACCUCUCAAGCACAGAAGCAGCCUUCUCAAAGCGCCGGAGAACUCUUCGUACAUGAGUAUACACCACCACAGGAUGUUAGAGGCGCGGCGAGCUCGAGGAAACCUCCCGUCGUCGACAACGCUCCGAAGACUUUCACUUUUGCGAAUCACGGCCCAGAACAUUUCCUUGAAAAGGAAAAGGCGAAGAAGUCCGUUGCGUUCAGCAGCCCGUCCAGUGCUUCCAGCUAA